GUUGGCUUUAUCAUAAACUUCCCAACAGUAUGACUAUUUCAACUGAUUCUGAAAAUGUUUGAGAAUAAUGAAGAUCUCUUGCUAUAGAUGAGGUUUUUUUUCAGAGCAGUAUUUUAAAUGCAAAGUGUUUCUUGUUGGGGAAACAUGAAACUUCCAGACUGUAGUGUAGAGACAGAAGACAAGUGCUCUUUUGUUCUCAAACGUUCUGUUUUCAAGUGUAUUUUACCCACUUAUGUGACUGUGUCUGAGCCUUUGCUAAGGGUACUGCAGCUGGAUUGUGUAGUGGAACCAGGUCCAGAAAAAGAAUUGCUAAAGAAUGCAAGUAAACAGGAUGUCAGAUGUUAUCCUUAGCCUAUUUCCCUAAACAUAGCUUUUUGGCUGCAAAGUAAAAUGCCAUUCUUUUGGCUUCUGCUUAUACACAGUGAUGGCUGACAGCAGGCGCAAUCUUCAUUUGCUUGGCACGUUGUCAUCACGCAACUCAACGUGUUUUGCAAGGAAUGAUCGUGACACAUCAUCUCUGUGAGAUAGUAUGAGGACAUUCAGCCAUUUCUUGGAAGAAUUUUCUCAGCCUACCUUCUCUGAGCCCCAUCGUGCCAGCACAGCGCCCCAUGAGGCUCAGAUCUGUCUGACCUAAGCGCCAGUUGGCAUCUUCCUCCUAACAGAAGCCAGAUUUUCACUGGGGCUAGACUAUUUAUUGACAGUGUUUUCCCAGACUGGCCCAUGAGUGUCUCAUUUCCAAGGUCCCCUGAAGUGCUGGCUAACCUCUAUUUUCCAAGAGCACUUGCUUCCUUCUCUCUCCCCCCUCCCCAGCAUCUUCCUCACUUUCUUCCCUUAGAGCUCCUUGCACUGUUUGAGUGUGUGUGUAUGUGUGUUCUUUUUUUAUCCUAAUGAAUUUGUUUUGCAGGUUUUGAAAAAGAAAACCGGUGUUAUCCAGGAUUUUUACAUUAAUUCGUAUCUGUUUCCACAUCUUUGAGUGUGAUCUUUGUGGUUUUAAAAUCCCAUAUUUUGAGUGGGUUCCACUGUUGUCUAAGAAAAGUUGUUUUAAACCUUUGCUCUGCAAGCACCAGAAGAGAACUCAGAAAAAGGAAGACAACAGCAGAUGCAAUCACGGAUGUGGCUUAGUCCUUGCAGCUGCCCCAGAGAGCUGUUCAGAGUGUACCGUCCUCAGUAAUGAAUCCAGAAGAGCGAAUCGUGACAUGGCUUAUAUCUUUGGGAGUUUUGGAUUCCCCCAAAAAGACCAUCUGUGAUCCGGAGGAGUUUCUGAAGUCCUCGCUGAAAAAUGGGGUAGUGCUGUGCAAACUGAUCAACAGACUUAUGCCUGGCUCUGUGGAAAAGUAUUGCCUGGAGCCCCAAACCGAAGUCGACUGCAUCAACAACAUUAAUGACUUCCUGAAAGGAUGUGCAACCCUUCAAGUGGAGGUAUUUCAUCCUGAUGACCUUUAUUCAGGGGUCAAUUUCUCCAAGGUUCUGAGUACUCUUUUAGCUGUCAACAAAGCGACAGAAGAUCAACUGUCAGAAAGACCAUGUGGACGUUCCUCUUCUCUUAGUGCUGCUAAUAGUUCUCAGACAAACCCACAGGGAGCAAUUUCUAGCACAGCUCCAGGGCUGCAAAGGCAGUCAAAGGCAGUGGAGAUGACGGAAAAUGGAAGUCACCAGUUGAUAGUAAAAGCAAGAUUCAACUUUAAGCAGACUAAUGAAGAUGAACUGUCAGUCUGUAAAGGGGACAUCAUUUACGUCACUCGAGUUGAAGAAGGAGGCUGGUGGGAAGGCACAUUAAAUGGGAAAACAGGCUGGUUCCCUAGUAAUUAUGUCCGAGAAAUUAAAUCCAGUGAGAGACCUCUCUCCCCCAAGGCUGUCAAAGGAUUUGAAACUGCUCCACUUACCAAGAAUUAUUAUACUGUGGUGUUACAGAACAUCUUGGACACUGAAAAAGAGUAUGCUAAAGAACUUCAGUCUCUUCUUGUUACUUACUUAAGACCCCUGCAGUCCAAUAACAAUCUGAGUACUGUGGAGUUUACAUCUUUACUGGGAAACUUUGAGGAAGUAUGUACAUUUCAACAGACACUCUGCCAAGCCUUGGAAGAAUGUUCAAAGUUUCCGGAAAACCAACAGAAGGUAGGAGGCUGUCUACUGAGUCUCAUGCCUCAUUUUAAAUCCAUGUAUCUGGCUUACUGUGCGAAUCAUCCUUCAGCUGUAAAUGUGCUCACCCAGCACAGUGAUGAUCUGGAAAAAUUUAUGGAAAAUCAAGGUGCAUCUAGCCCAGGUAUCCUCAUUUUAACAACAAGCCUCAGCAAACCAUUCAUGCGACUGGAAAAGUAUGUUACUCUCUUGCAAGAGUUGGAACGGCAUAUGGAGGAUACUCAUCCAGAUCAUCAAGACAUUCUGAAAGCAAUCAUAGCAUUCAAAACUCUCAUGGGGCAGUGCCAAGAUCUGAGAAAGAGAAAACAGCUGGAGUUGCAGAUACUUUCUGAACCUAUUCAGGCAUGGGAAGGGGAGGAUAUUAAAACCUUGGGAAAUGUGAUUUUUAUGUCACAAGUAAUGUUGCAGUAUGGAACAUGUGAGGAAAAACAGGAGCGGUACCUUAUGUUAUUUUCAAAUAUCUUGAUAGUGUUAUCUGCAAGUCCUCGAAUGAGUGGCUUUAUCUAUCAGGGAAAAAUACCAAUAGGAGGAAUGGUGGUGACUAGAUUAGAUGAAAUUGAAGGGAAUGACUGCACAUUUGAAAUCACAGGCAACACAACAGAGAGAACUGUGGUCCAUUGCAACAACAACCAGGACUUCCAGGAAUGGUUGGAACAGCUGAACAGACUGAUCAGAGGACCUGCUUCUAGCAGUUCAUUAUCCAAAACAUCAUCAUCAUCAUGUAGUGCUCAUUCUUCUUUUAGCUCUACUGGACAGCCCCGAGGACCCUUGGAGCCUCCUCAAAUUAUAAAACCGUGGAGUUUAAGUUGUCUACGACCUGCACCUCCACUUAGACCAUCAGCAGCACUAGGUUAUAAAGAGAGGAUGUCUUAUAUCUUAAAGGAGUCUAGUAAAAGCCCCAAAACGAUGAAGAAGUUUCUUCAUAAAAGAAAGACUGAGAGAAAACCAUCCGAGGAGGAAUAUGUGAUUAGGAAAAGUACAGCUGCUCUUGAAGAGGAUGCUCAGAUUCUUAAAGUGAUCGAAGCCUACUGCACCAGUGCCAAUUUUCAACAAGGCCAUGGCUCAAGUACUCGCAAAGAUUCUGUCCCACAAGUCUUACUCCCUGAGGAAGAGAAACUCAUCAUUGAAGAAACCAGAAGCAAUGGCCAGACCAUCAUGGAAGAAAAGAGCCUAGUCGACACUGUUUAUGCCUUGAAGGACGAGGUCAAGGAACUGAAACAGGAGAAUAAAAGAAUGAAGCAAUGCCUGGAAGAAGAAUUGAAGUCAAGAAGGGAUCUAGAAAAGCUGGUGCGGAGGCUAUUGAAGCAAACAGAUGAGUGUAUUCGAGCUGAGUCCAGUAGCAAGACCUCGAUUCUUCCGUAACCAUCACUGUGCCGCUGGGCAGAGAGUGCCUUCAGGGCAUCUUGAAAUGUCCCACAGAAUGAUUCGACUCCAUUUGCUCACUUCUGUGGCUUUUAUUUUGUGUUUUAGUCUCUCUCAUUCUCUCUCUCUCCCUAUGUGUGUGUGUGUGUGUGAGCUUGGGCAUUUGUUGUUUGGUUAUUGGUUGGUUGUUCAUUUUUGUGAGCAGGGGAAAAAGCAGGAGGUGGUGGUAGAAGUGGCCCCAGAAUCUUUUCCAUUCAGUAAGAAAAGGAAAGUGAAUGCAGGCAAAUGACUUCAAAGGUUUUCAGAUGGCUUUCCGCCAUUGCCCUUGGGUCACAUUCUUUGGGCAGGCUCCUGUCGAAAAGCAGCUGACCGUGGCUUAUUAAAUGAGAACCCAACUUUCCCGCCAAUGCCUUCCUGUACCUCCAAGCCCCACAGUACCCAAUUACUGAAGGCAAAGCUUCUUGAGCUAUGAUGCGAGUAGGGUGAAAGAUGAACACAUUGGCCCAAUGACCCAGCUGCCCUUCCCUAGACCAUCAUGUGCCAUCCCUCAAUCACACUUUUUUUUGUUCCUGCCUUAUGUUGUCAAUAAGACCAAGAAAACUGUAGUACCCUUAUUUUUGUCGUGUUGGUGUACAUUGUAACUCAGUGGGGCAGAAGCUUGGGUCAUCCUUGCCAACACCAAAUCCAUCAGCAAAUUGUACUGGACAAUCUUCCCCUUCAACAGCAGAGUUUCUUCCCAGUGCAUGAUAGGUUUUACCCCACGCCUUCUGCCUAGUGUGCAAGUUUUCUAUUUCCCCAGUGCUUUUAGCCAACCAUACCAAGUGGUGUGUAAACUAGUAUGUAUGGGCUUUGCUAGUUUUAAAAAAAUGUAGUUAGACUGUGAACAGUUACUUUAUCUACAUUGCAUAUUCAAACUGCAAACUUUUGUCCUUCGAAACAAUCUGCAUCGAGGAGAUAUCAUGCCCUAGUAGACGGCUUUCAUUCACUGUAUUGCUCUCUCAUAUAUCUUGUGAGAAGUUGUAAUAUUCAUUGGCCACUUCGAGUAGG